CGUGACGGAGGGCUGGACUCUUGGGUUGCGAGCGCUCGUGGCGCGUGGAGAAGCGGGGUAGCGCACUCACUUGUACCGCACUUCACUGGUGAUACAGCCUUUGAGCCAGCAUGCCCCUCGCACCUGGAGCCGGCUUAGGGUACACCCCACCGGAUGGCGGGUGGGGCUGGGCUGUGGUGCUCGGGUCUUUCAUUUCCAUAGGAUUCUCCUAUGCCUUUCCUAAGGCUCUCACCAUCUACUUCAAGGAGAUCCAAGACUACUUCUCCGUAUCCUACAGUGAGAUCGCAUGGGUCUCCUCAAUCAUGCUAGCUGCUAUGUAUGCUGGGGGACCUGUAAGCAGCAUACUGGUUAAUCGCUAUGGUAGCAGACCUGUGGUCAUAGUUGGUGGGAUUAUGUGUGGGGUUGCUAUGGUAACAGCUUCUUUUGGCAGUACCAUUGUGCAUUUGUAUAUAUGCAUUGGAGUCAUUGGAGGGUUUGGCCUCGCAUUCAACCUCCAGCCAGCCUUAACAAUAAUUGGAAAGUACUUUCUGGUUCGGAGGCCAAUGGCAAAUGGCCUGGCCAUGGCAGGAAGUCCAGUUUUCCUCUCCACUUUGGCACCCCUCAAUCAAUUCCUGUUUGAUAAUUUUGGAUGGCGAGGAGCCUUCUUCAUCCUGGGGGCUAUGAUCCUAAACUGCUGUGUGGCAGGAGCACUGAUGAGACCUAUUCAGCCAAAACCAAAACUGAAACCCUGUACAGAUGUUAACGACAAUACACGCAACAAGGCCGAUGGAGAUGACAGCCCACUAGCGGACCUGGGGAGUGGACAAGAGCAGAAGAGGAAAACGGGGUGUGUGGACAGAGUGAACAAAUUUAUCGACCUCUCCCUCUUCAAGCACAGAGGCUUCCUCAUCUACCUGAUUGGCAAUGUGGUCAUGUUCUUUGGCUUUUUUGCCCCAGUUGUCUUCUUUGCACCAUAUGCCAAGCACCUGGGCAUUGACGAAUACUCUGCAGCCUUCCUGCUUUCCAUAUUUGCUGUCGUUGACAUGGUGGCACGGCCUGGAACUGGCCUGGUUGCCAACACCCAAUGGAUCAGGCCCAGGAUCCAGUACUUCUUCAGCUUCUCCGUGGCCUACAAUGGCAUCUGCCACAUCCUUUGCCCUCUAGCAACUAGUUACACAGGACUGGUUAUCUAUGCAGUCUUGUUUGGUGUGGCUUUUGGCAUGGUGUGUGCCUUGCUCUUUGAGGUCCUGAUGGACCUUGUUGGUGCACAUCGCUUCUCCAGUGCAGUUGGGCUAGUCACCAUCAUUGAAUGUGGUCCUGUGCUUCUGGGACCACCAAUAUCAGGAGCUCUGGUGGACAUCUUCAGGGACUACAAGUACAUGUACUAUGCCUGCGGGGUAGUGAUGCUGGUCUCUGGGAUCUUCCUAUUCAUCAUGAAUUUCUACAACUACAGACUACUGGAGCGUGAGGAAAUGCAGAAGCAGAUGGAUAAAGAGGAGGUGGAGGUGAUCACCGAGAAGGAUCUGGUUGUGGCUGAGGAGGGCAACUUGUCAGGGGACAAAAAGUUUAUUGAGGAAUUAAAGAUGCUAGAGGAAAACUUGAAACAGGAGGAGAAACUGUCACAUGCAGUCACAAUGGAAGCCAAUGACACUUAAGGCAGUUGGCAAGGGGGCAACAGAGACUGGUUCCGGGCAGAAGGACGGAAGCAAUAACUACAUUAAAAAUCCUGAUAGAUCACGGAGAGGGGUGACUGCAGUCUUUAAGGAUUAAAAUUAUUUUUGUUUUCAAAUUCCUGUCUGAGCUGUAUGAAUGAAACCAUUGCCCUUAUCUCACAAGAACCUGUAUUUUCUGAGUCAUGUGCAUUUGCAGUUAUGGAAUGUAAAACCGCUGAAGCCAGCAUUCCAUCCACUUGUCCACAACUGUAUUUUACGACCAUAAUGAUAAAGUUAUAACUCAG